GUGAAGCUCGUGCUGGAAAUUUCCUAAUAUCCCCUACUUCCGAUCUCAACGCCGGCAUCGUCUCGCCGUGAACUCGCCAAGACCUCCGCCGCCGCCGCCGCCUCAUCUCCCAAGCUCCUCCGCGGCCGCGUGACGGGAAGCGGAGCGGGAAAAGGAGGAUCCAUCCGUCCGGUACACGAGCUCCUCGUCGACGCCGCCGGGGGAGGGAGGGAGGGGGAGGAUGAUCCUUCCGCUGGCGAAGCUGGGGACGCUGGCGCUGAAGACGAUGUCGAAGCCGAUCGCCAUCCGCCUCAAGACGGAGGCCAGCCGCCACCCUCAGUUCCGCCAGCUCAUCAUCAACCUCGCCCAGACAAAUCAUCGGGUCUCCACAAAUAUCCAGAGAAGAAUAUAUGGCCAUUCAACUAAGGUUGAGAUUCGGCCUUUGAACGAGGAGAAAGCUGUUCAAGCUGCUGCUGAUCUUAUUGGGGAGCUCUUUGUUUUCUCGGUUGCUGGGGCUGCUGUAAUCUUUGAGGUGCAAAGAAGCGCAAGGUCCGAGGCCCGAAAAGAGGAGGCUCGUAGAAACGAAGUUGAGGCGUUGAGGCAAAAGGAGGAUCAGUUGGCUCGGGAGAUAGAGAUUGUGAAGCAGAAACUUGGCGAGAUAGAGCGCCAAGCUAAUUCUCGAGGUCUCUCUGGAGUUCUUUUCAGAAGCAGCAGUGCUCCAGACCAAACAAAGGCCUCAUGAGUUUGAUUAACUAGGACAAAGGCAAGACUUCAAUGGCAGCAUCACAACCAAGUUAAUCGAUUACUGUCCUGCAUUGCUUGUGAUAUUGCACAUGGAUGUGCAGAUUUUUGAAGCACACAUCUUGUAGCUUGUGUUUUUCCUGCCAAUCACCAUGGGAAUGGGCCCAUAGCUUGAGGUUUCGAACAACUUGUCGUAUUUGAGGCUAUUUUAACUCGAAAGCGUUGGAGAGCAGUUCCAAGAAGGGAACAUCUGGCAAGUGCAAAGCAGAAUUGUGCUAUGUGUGUGUUGUCUGGCAAUUCUCGCGAGUUGUCAACUUGCAUCAUAAGAUAACUGUAUGCCAUGAACUUGUCAACAUGGGAAGCAGAUUGCUGCCAAAGUACUUCUGGUUUGUAACUCGAUCAUGUUCAUAUCAGUGUAUUACAAGGUAAAUUA